AAGCCGAGUUACUUGACUUUUGAAAACAUAAAAGGCGGUAAGUUUCUCCCUCAAAUUUAUAUAUAAUGCCCUCAGUAUCCACUCGCUAGCCAGCAAAGAACAGCCAUGGCUACUGCUUUUUUCCAUAUCUUCAUCCUCCUCAUCCUCUUUCCUUUUGCUGCUCUAGCCCUAGUUCCUGCAAAUCAAACCUUCAAAUUCGUUAACCAAGGCGAAUUUGGAGAUCGAAUAAUCGAAUAUGAUGCUAGCUAUCGUGUGAUCCGCAAUGACGUCUAUACUUUCUUCACCUUCCCCUUCCGCCUUUGUUUCUACAACACCACUCCUGAUAACUACAUUUUCGCCAUUAGAGCCGGAGUCCCUGGGGACGAAAGCCUCAUGCGGUGGGUUUGGGACGCCAACCGCAACAACCCAGCACACGAAAACUCCACCCUCACCUUUGGCCGUGACGGGAACUUCGUCCUUGCGGAGGCGGACGGCCGAGUGGUGUGGCAGACCAACACGGCAAACAAAGGCGUCACCGGCAUUAAGCUUCUCCCGAAUGGGAACUUGGUUCUUCACGAUAAGAACGGGAAGUUCAUCUGGCAGAGCUUUGAUUACCCCACUGACACCCUCUUGGUGGGUCAGCUCCUCCGGAUCAAAGGCCGGAACAAACUCGUUAGCCGGGUCUCUGAAAUGGAUGGCUCCGACGGAAAAUACAGUUUGGUGUUUGAUAAAAAGGGGUUAACCAUGUAUAUAAACAACUCCGGCAAGCUCCUCCAAUACGGCGGUUGGCCGGGUGAUGAUUUUGGAAACAUAGUGAGUUUCGAAGCCAUACCGGAGAACGAUAACGCCACUGCAUUUGAGCUAGUGCUGAGCGCAUACGAGGAGACAACCCCAACCCCACCACCUCCCGGACGCCGCCGGCUCCUCCAGGUACGUCCAAUUAGCAGCGGAGGGCAGCGCAACCUCAACAAACUGAACUACAACGCGACAUACUCCUUCUUGAGACUCAGCCAUGAUGGGAACCUCAGGGCGUAUACAUACUAUGACCAGGUAAGCUACCUGAAAUGGGACGAAACCUUUGCAUUCUUCUCUAGUUACUUUAUCAGAGAAUGUGCGUUACCAUCAAAAUGUGGUUCCUUCGGGCUAUGCAAUAAGGGCAUGUGCGUGGCCUGCCCUAGCCCGAAAGGCCUUCUAGGGUGGAGCGAGAGCUGCGCGCCGCCACGGCUGCCACCAUGCAAGGGCGGAGCUGCUAAGGUGGAUUACUACAAGAUUAUUGGAGUGGAGAAUUUCUUGAAUCCAUAUUUGGAUGAUGGGAAAGGUCCCAUGAAGGUGGAGGAGUGUAGAGAAAGAUGUAGCAGGGACUGCAAGUGUUUAGGGUUUAUUUACAAGGAAGAUACUUCUAAGUGCCUGCUUGCUCCAUUGCUUGCGACUCUUAUUAAAGAUGAGAAUGCUACUUCCGUGGGAUAUAUCAAGUACUCUUAAGCAGAAAUAAUGUUGAGAGAUGGUUAUGGUUGAUUAAUUUAAUUUUCUCACUUCAAGCAUUUAGUAUUGGCUAAAAAAUAGUGGAGCCAUGGUCGAAUUUGAUUUA